UCGCCGAUAAACAACUUUGACAUCAAAACAAUCUGAAGAACAGCAACAUAGCGGGAUCCUCUCUGCGCGACGGCCACACCCGAAGACAAGCAUACGUCUAUUUUAAGUGAAAUUGCAAUAGAGGCACAAGGAUGAUCGGUAAGCUUCUUUCUCAUCUGCUCUGGAACACUGGUGAGGACUUUGAGGCAGCGGAUGACACUUCCAAGGAGCUGAUGGAGUUUGAGGAGGGAGGAUGGGUCAUUGUUGAUCUCCCAGAGAACGGGCUGCUGACGGCCUCCGAGGUGGAUCCCCUGGAGAACCUGCUGAUCGAGCACCCCAGCAUGUCCAUCUACCAGAUGAGAUGCAGGGCGGGCAGAGCGGAGGAGAAGCUGGACUCUGAGGAAGACGAAGAAGAAGAAGAGGAGGACACCGCCAGGCUGGUGGCAGUGAGGCGGCACGUAUCCUGGCGUCUGGCUGCCUGGGGAAUCCCGCUGCCCUGCAACGUCCAGCUGCUGGCGGUCCAGAGGGCCAGGACCCAGGCCGAGCAGAAGAAGCUGGGCCGCAGCGCCCUCCACAGGCAGAACCUGGCCAAGGCGCGUUUCUCCCCGGCAGAGAGACGCUACGGCCACUUCAAGAAGCCCUGCCAACGCCUCUGCAACUACUAAACACAGGAGCGACGCAACUGCUUGUGAGAGGGUGUGCGUUUCAAGUUGCAGCACGGUGCCUUGACUCUGAAUCACUCAGGUCUUUCUCGCUAUUGUUUCACCUCACAGUUAAUUCUGCACAUCCACCGAGGCAAACCACUUCCUGUUCGAUGAAACGAUCGAAUAACUGAUCCACAGCAAGUUGUUGUUUUUGAUUUUAAUAGAGGCAACCUGCAUUGCAUCUCUCACGUCCGAAACCGCUGAGAACAAUGAAUCUUAAUCUCCUAAAUUACCGUGUGACACUGAUACAAAAAUAUGAAAACUUCAAACAAUACUUUGCUCUAUAUGAAUUUAAAAAAGUAUGAUGCAGUUGGAUUACAGCAUCUUUUUGACUGGUUGGUCGUAUUCAGUAUGUUUUAUAUUAUGUGCCUUAGCUUUAGACAUUCUUGUGAAUGUGAGUGUGUUAAAAUUGAAUUUCAUACAGUGUACAGUACAGUAGUGUGUACAGUAUUCAUGUCGUGUGAAAAAACAUCUGUGAUUUUGCUCCUUUUGUUUGACUCUGCUUCAGGAAUAAUUACAAAACCACUGUUUUGCAUUGAGUCUACCAUUUUGUUCUUUCGAGCGGGUGGGUUCUCAUUUUAUUCAUGUCACACAUAUUGUUUUUUGAAUGUAAAUACAGUUGAAAAUUAUGCUUUUCUAUUUGCGUAUAUUUAUAAAAAUGUACAAAAAAAAUGAUUAAAAUCUUGUUUUCUUAA